GCCUCGUUCCCAGGCCUUACUUUUUCUUGCUGUUGUCACUGUUCAUCCAUAAACAUAAGAAAGACAUAGUGAGGCAGCAAAGAAAGAAAUGGGCGUACAGUUAAGAAAACGUAAGGCCUGGUUUGGGAAAUCGCGUGAUCCACAAGGAUUUUUAUGAACGUGGGCGAUAUGUAGCCCACAAUCGUGACGUAAGGUAUUCUCCCACGCAUUCCGAGUAAGACUGUACUGUACUGCACUGAGACAACCACCAAGCUGUGCUGCAAGUCAGAUCAGAGAACCAGCGUGGCCAGCUCUGGUGGCAGUAGCUACCUGCUAUAUGAUAAUGAUGACUAAGCUAUUCUACUAUAGCAUGUAGAAAGACACAAGAAAAGGUAAUAGUGAUAGAAUCUAAACACACAAUCUAGACUAGUAGAUCAUCUAGCUAAGCCUAAGGUAUAGAGCUAGCUAUAGUGCUUGCAAACUUCCAGUUCCAAGUCCAUGUCCAGCUUGCAGCAGGCAAAGUUUUACUAGUCGUAGACCUCUGCGUGGGCAGUCCAACAUCUCUAGCUCAGUAUGCCCACGCUCAUUUUCACCCUUCUACCACCCUUCUACCCUCACGCGACUUCCCGAUACAGGCUCUUCUCCUUUUUCCUAACUUUACGUCUAUUUCUUUCUUUAUUCCUCCAAUUAAUACCGUAUUUUAUCUCAUUGAGCGAAUAAUACAGUAUUUUAUCUUAUUGAACGAUUGUGAUAAAGAACAGAAAAAGGAGAGCCUGUGUAGAGGCUACUUGAGCUAUGCAAUGGGAGAAAUGGAAUUUCUUGUCCAAAGAUGUCUCCUGCUUUGUCUCUACACAACAUCAGCUCUAGGUGUUGCAAAGGCAUCUCUAAUGUCCAACACGAGUGUAGCAUGUCCUGGUGAGGCUGUUCUGUUCACAUGCUCUUCGCCUGGUACUGCAUUGAGAUGGCAAGUAGAUCUACUAUCACCAGCAGGGACGUCACUGCAAAGUUUCUUCCUUCCCUCACAAGUUGGUGUUCCAAGGACACUUGAAUCUGGGGUGAUCAUAUUUGAGGCUGUUCUUGUAAGCAAUGAUGGUGGAAAUCUGACGUCCACUCUCAUCAACCUCAGUGAAGUGUCUGUACUGGGUGAUAGCAAUGUCACCUGUACUGUUAUUAACAAUGGUCCUACGUCACAGCAGCAAGCCAUCAUGGUUGCUGUUGUCCCAACACAUCCACUCAAUCCAAGCGUAUCCUUCAUUCAAAACCAACUCAGUUCCUCGAUUAUCACUCUGGACUGGGAUCCUCCCUCCUCUACUGGUGGUGUGUCUGUCAGCUAUGUCCUCAUCAUCUCCCCAACACCUCUCUCCGGGUCACCAGUCACCAUGGACACCACCUCCAUACAGAUCACUGUCUCCUAUAGCACUCCCUACGAUGUGACUAUCAGAGCUGUCAACUGUGUUGGAAUGAGUCAAGAAAGUUCAAUUGUGGAUCUAAUUGUGUGCCCCACUCCAUCUACUGCUGCUGGUGUUACCAUCACCAACACACCUCCUGUCACUAUUGAUGGAUCCAUGCUCACCUUCACUUGCAGUGGAGACAAUGAAGUGAUAAUCUCAACCUGUGGCAGUAGUGGGUGGUCUCCUGACCCUAGGACAUUUGAAUGCAGAACAGAUCCUCAAGUCACCUGCGGCUCUCCUGCCACACCAUCUAAAGGCAGUGUGGAUGUCAGUGGUGAGACACCACCCUUUACACUAAGCUCACAAGUCAUCUAUCGCUGUGAUGAGGGACUGUUCCCCCCUGAUGUGAGGACCAGCACAUGCACUGAUGUGGAGAGUAGGGGAGAGUGGGUGGAGAAUCCUGGGAGCUUGGUGUGCAGGAAGAGGCCAGGUGAAACGUAGCUGU